UCUCCUGUUUUGAAAGGUUUCCGUGUGGCUCUUCCCGUAGGUGACCGUAUUCAGCCGGUAAAGCGGGGCUGGAUGAGCUGGAAGGCUUCGUUCAGUAUGGGUGAAGACACCAGCCCCAUCAGUGUUAUCCUGGUGAGCUCAGGAAGCAGGGGGAAUAAGCUGCUUUUUCGAUACCCUUUCCAGAGAAAUCCAGAGGCGCAAUCCUUACAUACAAGUAAUCCAAGAAGCUGCUAUGCUUUAAAUAACACUGGAGACAACACGGAGGAUCCUGAUGGAGAUUCCAAAGAGCCAUGUCCUCCAACCGAUGAGCAGUUGGUUGCAGGAUUUUCAGAUGUCAUACUUGCGACCAUAUUGGCUACAAAAUCUGAUAUGUGCGGUAAAAAAUUUGAGCUGAAGAUUGACAAUGUGCGUUUUGUUGGCCACCCGACUCUGCUUCAGCAUGCUCCGUGCCAGGUGUCAAAAACGGAUCCCUCACCAAAAAGAGAAAUGCCAACCAUGAUCCUUUUUAAUGUCGUCUUUGCCCUGAGGGCAAAUGCAGACCCUUCUGUGAUAAACUGUCUGCACAAUCUGUCUAGAAGAAUUGCCAUUGUUUUGCAGCAUGAGGAGCGCCGCUGCCAGUAUCUAACCAGAGAGGCGAAGCUGAUCCUGGCAAUACAGGAUGAAGUGUCUGCAAUGUCUGAAACAGAUGAAGGUCCUCAGUCACCAUUUCACCAUAUUUUACCCAAGUGCAAACUAGCAAGAGACUUAAAGGAAGCUUAUGACAGCCUCUGUACUACCGGUGUGGUCCGUCUUCAUAUAAACAACUGGCUGGAAGUAAGCUUUUGCUUACCACAUAAAAUUCAUUGUGUUGGAGCAAAUUUUAUUCCUCCAGAGGCAAUAGAAAGAAGUUUAAAGUCUAUCAGGCCCUAUCAUGCUCUUCUGCUCCUUAAGGAUGAGAAAAGCUUGCUGAAUGAUCUUCCACUGGAUUGCUCUCCGGCCUUAGUAAGAAUUAUCAAGUCUGCAAGUGCUGUAAAGAACCUGCAGCAGCUAGCUCAGGAUGCGGACCUCGCUUUACUACAGGUAUUCCAGCUUGCGGCACACUUGGUAUACUGGGGUAAAGCUAUUAUCAUUUAUCCACUGUGUGAAAACAAUGUCUACAUGUUAUCACCAAAUGCAAAUGUGGGCCUCUAUUCAUCUUUGGCAGAGCAGUUUUCCCAUCAGUUUCAAGCACAUGAUCUCCCCUCAAUUCUCUCGAAAUUUUCUCUGCCUGUUUCUUUAUCGGAGUUUAAGAACCCGUUAUCACCACCAGGGCAAGAGCCUCACCUAAUUCAGAUGGUAGUUUGGAUGCUUCAACGUCGACUUCUAAUCCAGAUCCACACAUUUGUUUGCCUCCUGGUCCCACCCAAAGAAGAUGCCACUUUGUCAAAAGAUGAAGAUACACCUUUUGCUGCCAGAGUUGGUGGACGGAGUUUAAGCACACCAAAUGCACUAAGCUUUGGCUCACCAACCAGUAGCGAUGAUAUGACUCUAACCAGUCCGAGCAUGGACAACUCCAGUGCUGAGCUGCUCCCAGGAGGAGAUUCUCCAGUUAACAAAAGAGCAACAGAGAAUCUUCUUGCAAGUCUGUCUCAGAAUGAGAGGGAAGCCAUUCUCAAUGUUCCAGCAGCUCAAAAUCAAGAGGACCUCAAAAUGUUUGCAAGGCUUUUGCACUAUUUCCGAGGUCGCCAUCAUCUUGAAGAGAUCAUGUACAAUGAAAACAUGCGCCGCUCGCAGCUAUUAAUGCUGUUUGAUAAAUUUCGGAGUGUACUGGUAGUGACCAACCAUGAAGAUCCAGUUAUAUCUGUCUUUCAGUCUGUCAUUCCUUGACUAAUUUGCCAAUUGCUGCUAAUGUUUUCCUUUUGUACAGAUUUUAAUUUAUUAAAGCACUGAUAUGAAAA